AGUUUGACAAAACAUAAGCCCCCUAACUUUUUCUUUCUCAUCUUUCUUCUCUCCUCUUCUUCAAGUACUGUGCUCCAACUGUUUUCCAUAAAAGCAAACUCCAAACUUUCUCUCUCUAAAUUAACCAUUCUUCUGUGUUUGCCUAUACUUAUACAGAAUCUAUAUCUAUAUCCUCUGUGGGUUUUUUUUUUUUUCCAAUCCCCAUUCCCUAUACCUUCUUUUAAACACCUUUUUGAGCAACUCCAUCACCUUUACAUACAUUCCUUCCACCUUUCGCGAUGGAACAUGAUCAGUACUACUACAAGAGAAGUGGGCAAAUACCAGCAUUUGGAGACUGGGAUCAUGCAAAUGAUCUACCAAUAACUCAGUAUUUCGAGAGUGCAAGACAAGCUGGUUUACUGAGGUUCAGUUCUUCAUCUGGUGAAUCAGAUCCUUAUAACUUUAAUCGUCUUGCUGGCGGUGGAACUAAUAACAAUAAUGAUUUAUAUGCUGUUGAUUUCAAGAAACAUUCUCGUACUCUGGAUCCUCCAAAUAAAAAGGUGAGAGUGGGGGAAAAGCGAGGCGCGCACGUCAAGGAGCAGAGAAAGCAAGGGAAGGUGUGUGACGUGAGUGAACCGGCAAGUAAAGGGAGUAAGCAGCUGCAAAACGACGUCGUGAGAUCGAGAUUGCCUGUUAGGCCCCACAAACCCGUCGAUGAAGAUCUCUACAAGAUUCCUCCGGAGCUCCUCCGCUCUUCAAAACGGAAGAAAAUGCCAGGACUAUUCUCAUGCUUGGUACCGGCCUGUGCAACUUGAAAUGGGUUUGAUUGAUUAAUACAGAAGGUUAAAUAUGUAAUUUAAUGUUUAAUUUAUUAGUUAAAAGUACAUUAAUUAUUAGUAAUAUAUGGUUUAGUUGUAGCUAAGACCAAACUUAUUCAUGGAUGAGAUAUGACAGUGAGACAAUAUUAUUGCUAGUGGUGAAA